AACGCGGCCGGCAGCCAUCGCGGCGAAGCUUCGAAGCGAUAGUCUGCAAGCGCAUCUCUUGCAACGGUUGUGCUGUCCAGUUCUUAUUCGGCAACGGGACUCAUCACACCAACAAAACCUCUCAGGCAGCAGGAGCACAAGAGCUGCUGGCCUCCAAAACGCAUCGCAGCGAUGGCCUCCUCCCUCCGCGGCAAGACCACCACAAGGAGCCUCUACUUGACAGGAUUAGGCGUGGUCUACACCUGCGCCUUCGUGAGCUUCUGGCUCCAGUUCCCCGGUCUACUCAGCACGAAUGGACUGCUGCCGGCCGCGAGCUUCUGGCGCAAGCUGAAGCACGAGUACGCCGGGGCCACGCCGGUCGACGGCUUCAAGCGGUUGCCCUGCUGGCUGUGGUUUGUGGCUGACGACGACGCGUCGAUCGAUCAGGCCAUAGAAGGCAUCUCAAUAGUAGGGAUAGCCGGAGGCAUGCUGUGUAUUUUGGGCGUCCACCACGCUUUACUGUUCGCGGUGCUGUUCAUGAACUACCUGACAUUAUAUACAAUUUCGCAGACGUGGCUGGGAUUUCAGUGGGACAUAUUUCUCUUGGAGACCGGUGCGGCCAGCAUACUCUACGCCCCCUUCUUCACUAUCAGUGCAAGAGGCCAACUCAGCAACGGCCACCCCAUGGCCUGGCCCCUUAGAGCAUUAUGGGUCAAGUUCAUGGUCAUGAGUGGAGUGGUCAAGGUGACGGCCGACUGCCCGACCUGGCAAAGUUUGACAGCAUUGGAGUACCACUUCGCGUCGACGUGCCUGCCCACGCGCCAGGCCUGGGCCUUCCACUCCUUUCCACCACUAUUAUUGCGACUCGGUACCGCAAUAAUGUUCCUGGUCGAGCUCGUAGCGCCCUGGUUUUUGCUGGCCCCGAUCACGGCGAUGCGGCGCGUCGGUGUUUUGAUCCAGUUACCUUUGCAGAUCCUCAUCCAGUACACGGGCAACUACAACUGGUUCAACCUGCACACCUGUAUAUUAUUACUUCCGGCGUGGGCCGGCGACUUUGAUGAAUCUGAAAACGCGUGGGAGCGCUGGUGGAGGCGGAAAGGCUGUAAGAGGGCGGCCUGCUUCUCUUCAUUAGUAUCGUUGAUCUACGCCUCAACACAUCUCUUCCCGCUCACCCUAACGAAGCCGUACAAAACAGCUCUGAGUAGACCGGACGGCUUCACGAUAGAAAACCGAGCGGACCGCUACUUCGUCGCGGGCAUGCUCACCGCCGUUUUGGACUGGCGGCCCGUCGCGUACUUGUACGGCGUCGCCGCUCUUGCGGGCUCGGACUACGCGCGGCGGUCCGCUCACAAAAAAGGUUGGGUGAGGGGCGCGGUCGCGUACGCGUUCCACCUCGGUCUCGCCGCGAUCUGUCUAGCCCACAUGGGUAUCAUUAUAAUACCGAUGGGCUCCCUCGCAAAUAGGUCGAUCCUACCUUUGAUACCGACGCCGACGGGCCAGCGCCUGACGCAAGGCUGGAAGGAGCACGUCGAUCCGUUCCGCGUAUCGAACUCCUACGGUCUGUUUCGGCGGAUGACGGGCGUCGGCGCUUCGGAAGGCCGAGGCUACGGCGGUCUGCCUCCCUCACUGGUCGAAGUGCCCGCCGUCGUCCUCGAGGGCUCCACCAACGGUUCAGUGUGGGAAGAGAUCCCUUUUAGAUAUGCGCCGUUCGUCGAAGAACGAGCACCUCGGCGGACGGCGCCGCACCAACCUAGGUUAGAUUGGCAGCUCUGGUUCGCCGCGUUAGGUCACUACCAGCACAACCCUUGGUUAUUGCACCUCAUGUACCGUAUUACUACAAGAAUACCAUCAAACGACGCCGCCUUGCAACUGUUAGAUGUGGACGCGUACCCCUUCCGCGAGAAGCCGCCGGCCUUCGUCCGGGCCUGGCUCUACCACUACGACUUUACGAGGGCGCCGUCGCGCUGGGCUCGAAGUAUCCCCGGUACCGAGUUGUGUGGGAGUGACUGUACGAAGUACUGGAAGAGAACGCGGAUCAAGGAGUACGUCCCCAAGGUCGACUCGACGUUGUUGCGGAUGCAGGUCGUCGAGCCCCAACAGUGGCCCGUCGCUCCGGAAGCGCCUUCAGAAAGUACGGCGAACCGCCUGCGGCGCUUUAUUGGGAUCACCUACGGGGAUACUUUUGUGGACGGGCCGCUCCUUUGCAUUCUGGCGGCCGUGCUCCUGCCGGCGCUGCGCGCGCAGCUACCGGAGAGGCGCGUGUCCCGGAAGCCGCCGGACCUGAAGGCCGAGUAAUAGUUUUGUUAUCUUC